AUGGAGUCCCUCACUGGAGUCCUGAUCGACCUGGACCCGGAUGCAACCACGCCGCAGACGGCGGCCCAGAGCGCUGUUGAACUCCUCACCGCAGCCCUACUUGGCCCAAGUCCGGACACUAUCACGCCGCAGACGGCGGCCCGGAGCCUUGUUGACCUCCCAGUUGAGCUCUUUCAGCAGAUUAUAGGCCACUACACUGAUUUGGCCUCGAUCAAUGAAGCCUGGAAGGCGCGUGCUGUGUGCACAUCGGGCAUGUCACUAACCCUUCCCAUGCACCUCGAGCGUAACGCCUUCGAAACGAGUAGCCUACGCUCCCGACCGAUCGGCUGCCUGUUCGCGUUACUUGACUCCGCCGUGGACGUGAUUAUGAGAGCCAAGGAUAAUACCGAUAAGAAGUUUAGAGAUAAUCUUCUAAAGGCGGUUGCCCAACUUUUGGAUCCCGAGUACGGCUACAUAUUCGUCUCCGAGCCAUGUCGCUCAAUUGGCAUGCGCAUGAUCUGGCAGCUUUGCGCCGACAAUAUAGCAGACGUUGCCCUCUGGAUAGCUAUCGGGCUUCAAGAUGCACUACUUAUAAGGCAGAUACUUGCAUCCAAUCCUGAUGUCUCUAUAUGGGGUGGAACCGUGUUUGGGGCUCACCUUUGGAUCGCCGCUUAUGCUGGGUUGUGGACGGUAAAGGAAUGUGUCGUAGAUAUUGCAGCUAAUGAAACAAUUAGCCCCGCAAUCUACCGACUUAACAAUCUUUGCUGCAAAUUCAAUAUGAUCGAACAUUUUGCAACUCUAAUAAUUGGAAGCACAGCAUUUAGGAUGCUAACUCCUUUGCCGAUACACCCGCCCAUCGUCGCACUCUCUGCCGGUCAAUUGAUACGUCGAAUGAGAAUAAUUCAACGCGUUCGACUCCAUCAAAGCAGAUUGAGAGUGUACUCGCACUAUGAUGACAUGAUCGGUAUCCUCCCAUGGUAA